UGCUUGGGGAGGGAGAUAGAACUAGGCAGCAGGAGCAGCUGUAGGGAGGGGGCAGCUCUUGAGCAGGGCUCACUCUGCCUGUGCUGGGGGCAGACACCUGGUACAUCUCUGCCUGCUGGCACUGCCUGCGGCACCGGCCGUGGCAGCAUGAGCCCCAUGGAACACUGCCAGUGUCCUCCUUACCUCUGCUCCCAGUAUUCCUGAGCGCUGUGGCCAGGAAAAAGGCUGUCAGGAAUGGCAGGGAGGGCGGCUCAUGGGGCGCAGGCUUCCAGCCCCCGGUGUGGAAAACUGGGAGGUUUCUCCUGACCGCGAGUGGGACAGAACACAAACAGGCUGAAAGCUUUGGCUGCCCUCUUCAGGCAUCCCUCUGCCGCCCCCUGCCUCCUGCUCCCUCCAGGCAGUCCCAGCACCCAAACCAGCCAGGGGGCUCCGUGACCCUGCGCCCGGCUCCGAGCGGGCCGGGGGGAGGCGCCGGGGGAGGGGCGGAAGCCGCUCCGCUGAGGCUCUGUCGGCACAUCCUCCCCGUGUCCCGGGGAAAGUCCGGCACCCUCGAGUCCCGGGCCGGGCUCAGCAGGAGCGGGGGAGCCGCAGCCUGUGCCGGAGGACACGGAGCUGCCGCGGGCACCGGUGCCUCCGAGCGGGGCUGCCGCCCUGGCAGCGCUGCCGCAGCGCCCGAUGGCUGCGGACGCUCUCUCCGCCUGGCCCGGCAAUGGCACCUUGCCUCGGGCUCCUUGCCCCGUGGAUUCCGCCUUCGCCCAGCGCUUCCUGCCCGCCGUGUACCUGACCGUGAUCCCCCUGGGGCUGCUGGGGAACGGGCUGGGGCUGUGGCACCUCUGCACGGGGCCCCGCGAGGGUGCCCGCCAGCCCCUCAGCCUGCUGGUGGGCAACCUGGGGCUGGCUGACCUGCUCUAUGUCAGCACACUGCCCUUCCUCGUCAGCUACUACCGCCAAGGCAGAGUGUGGAUCUUCGGGCAGCCCUGGUGCCGCCUCACCCGCAGCCUCUUCCACCUCAACCUCUACGCCAGCAUCGGCUUCCUCACCUGCAUCAGCAUCCACCGCUACCUGGGCAUCGUGCACCCGCUGAAGGCGCGGGGAAGAUGCCAGGGUGCAGCCUCCUCCGUGUGGCUCAGCGUGACAGUCUGGGUGUGGGUCGUGGCACAGAUAGCUCCCGAUCUUGCCUUCAGCAAGGCAGAUGGCAACAGGACGCAGUGCCACGACACGACAGGACAGGAGCACCUGCACGUUUACUUGCCCUACACCUUUGCUGUCACCGUGACUGGGUUUGUCAUCCCGUUCCUCAUCAUCAUCGGGUGCUACUGCCACGUGGUGUUCGUGCUCUGCAGGAAUGACAGCGUGGACCCCAGCCUCAGGAGGAGAAGCAUCGGGCUGGUGAUUCUCGUCAUGGUUCUCUUUUCCAUCUGCUUCCUCCCCUACCACAUCUUCAGAAACCUCAACUUGUUUUUUCGCUGGCGGCCACAAGGGUCCUGCACACAGGCUUCAAAGGACAUCUAUGUUUCCUACCAGGUGACUCGGGGCCUGGCCAGCCUCAACAGUGCCCUCAACCCCUUGCUCUAUGUGGUUACCAGCAAAGACUGGAGGUCACGAGUGAGGACCAUCCGCCAAAGCGCCAGACAGUGUCUGAGGCCACCCUUCCGGAGCAAAACCUCUUGCCAGGCAGCUGAGAAGAAGAGGAACGACAUUAUUUGUAAGGGGGAGGCUUCUAAUGAGCUCUGAGGUACCUGACACCCCUGCUUCUGCCACAUCAGCUUGUGUUUGGCCCCUCCCCGGGGGCAGCCCCCCACCCUGACACCCGCUUUGCAGAGAUGGUGACAGCAGCAUCACAGGCUUUGUGCACACAAGGGACAGGCAGGACUGUCAGCAUCGGAGAGAAAACUGGGACCAGAUUCCAAAAGCAAAACUACUGAACCCAAUCAUUUUGCCUAUGGAAAGAGAUGAUCACAUUUGCUCCAGUCCAAAGCAUUUCCCUCCAGCCUCUCCUGCAGCAGCACCCGCUUGCUUCCCAGCUCCUCUAUGGCUGAGGGAUGGGAGGCAGGACACCUUGUCCCUCCACUGCAUCCUCUCUACUCUGCUGUACUUGUGUUUGAGACAGCAUUCCCUCCUUCACCUAAGGAGAGAUCCUGCAUUGCAGAACAGCUGAGAGGGCAAAUUUUUGCAGUGGAGGAAGAGCUUUGGAAAUGGAAAUAUUAAUUUUAAAAUCAGGUUUUAAGUAUAUUACUAAGCUGUGCCAGUUCCUUAGUGAUUGAGCUGUUUCAGGAUCUGUGGGAUCCUCUACUGCCCACCUCCUUUGCAAAAGUAAAAGACAUUUUUGGCAUUACUCCCCCUCUUUUGGAAGAGCACAUAGCAGAACUAACAAAUGGGCAUUUUAAAGUUUUUGGAGGCUAUUGGUUGGGGUUUUCUUUUGGAAGGUGAAUGACUGCAGUAGCCUGAACUCCUGCUUUCAGCAGGAAAAUGCCAAGAGAGUUUGCAAAUCUUCAGGUGGGUGCUUACAUCUUGCAUCCAGCCUUGCAAGGGCAUUAGAUAUGACUUGUAAAAAUCAGAUUGCAAAUAAAAAGAGAAGCAGCACUGGCAUGAAGGCUUGUGAAGGCAGGAUGUGAUGGCAAGAUCUGUCAUCACCAGGGGUGACAGAUCUCUGCUUUUAAGCAGAGGCUCCCAAGCAGUAUUUUCAUUUUUGAUCUUAGUGUUACCUACCACAAACAGCUCAAACACUUCAAUUCAAUAAUGUGAUUUGCAGCAACAGCAGCUUUUGGAGCCCAGCUGAAGGAAGUGGACUGUGAGUUAAAAUCAGCCCUUUCUGGGAAAUUACUGGCCCAGGGACAGAUGUUGUGCUCUUUUCCUGACAUUUAUCUCUGUCAGCUGUUCCUCACACAGACCCACCUUAGCUGGGCAGUGGAGGGAGCACAGCUGGCUUUCAGUGCACUUAAUAUGUCUGCAGUGCAAAUAAACACCUCAUGCUUUCACUUGCGAGUCGUCUGGCUUCUUUUAAAGCUUUAUGGGAGCCUGGGAGCCAGCUGGCCUGUGGCUUGGAGCAGGG